AAAAUUAAUAAAAUUACACUUAACUAUAAUAAAACGGAUGUAUAUAAAUCAAUAUAAUACGCACAUUCUAUUUAAUUUCUAGUUGAAUUGAAUAAUAUAAAUUACACGCAUCAAGUUGAACUUCAUGAUGGCAAAAUCACUAUCCAUUAUCUUUGUGAGCUUCAUAUUUUCAACGAGUGUCUCAUUCGGUGAGGACGCGUGCAGUAACUUCGAAGAUAAGGAUUGCGUUAGUCCAAACAUACUUAAAAAUGGACACUUCAUUAACCAAUGGUCAGUUUAUUUGCCUGGAAUGACCAAGAGCCAGGCUAAACAACUAUUAGAAGAAAAUGGUUUUGACUAUUUAGGACAGAUAAUGGAUGGGAUUGAUUUGCAUCUUGUGACAAAGAAAGGUACACAAGAAAAACAUGCUUUACCCAACGAAAGAAUAAUAGAAUUACUUAAAAAACACGAAAAAGUGCAUUCAGUCGCACAAAAGCACGUACUUGAAAACUCUCAAGAUCAGGUGGUAAACAUAAUCGACGAAGAUAAAGUCUAUUUCGAAUCUAUUGAUCCCAGCACGAUCGUAUUGAACGACGGUUGGAAUAACUUGGAAAGAAUAACUGCUUUCGAGGCUGCAGAAGCCGCGAGAACUGCAGCAGCGUCAGCUAAUACUAAGUCUGCAGAUGCUAACGAAGCAAAUGAAGCUGAUGGUGGUGAUAAUCGCAAAAAGAAACAACGCAGAAAAAUACAAGACGGCGAAGAGGUGUUAGACGAGGACGCCCUGGACGAGAACGCCUCUGAUGAGGAAUCCCUGGAUGAAGACGUCACUGAUGAGGAUGCCUUGGACGAGGACGCCUUGGACGAGGACGCCUUGGACGAGGACGCCUUGGACGAGGACGCCUUGGACGAGGACGCUUUGGACGAGGACGCCUUGGACGAGGACGCCUUGGACGAGGACGCUUUGGACGAGGAUGCCUUGGACGAGGAUUCGUUAGAAGAGAGUCGUUGAAUGAAACGAAGAAAGGAACCAGUGGAUAAGACUUUGUAUAAACUACAGUCUGCAUGUAUAAAUCUUAAAGCGUAAUCGCAUAAAGCUAUAUUAUAAUUUAUUAAAAACUGUACUAUAUUUAUGAUUUUUAAUAAAUAUGAAUUAAACAUUGUUAAAAAUA